AUGUCAAAUCCACUCUCGCCCCUCUCAUCCUCCUACCAGAACGCCCGCGCACAGUCUCAAAUGGCGAAUUCUUCGCCCUUCAUUCACAAAACCCUUGAAUACCCCUCAGAACAUGUUCCCUCAAGUCCAUUGAAGAGGGAAUGGACAAGCCAUGCUGCGCCAAGUCCGAAUGCCUAUGAUGAAAACGAAACCUAUUAUCCUAACGAACCCGAGAACGAGAAUGAACGCGAGAAUGACGAUUUCAAUGAUGUUGAAUCAUAUCAACAAGGUGCCAGCUCACCAUUUCAGUUUGACGCACGCGAAGAUACCGUAGAUUUCCAGAAGCUACGCGAAAUGCGACAGACCUCGUUCCAAUCACGCCCACAACUUGAACCGGUGAAGGAGAGCCCUGUAAGCUCUCCAUUCCGUCCACAUGCAACAGACGAGACGUUUGAACUUCGAGGAUUGCGUGAGGUGCAGCCCAUGUCACCCGGCUUGGACAAGCGGCUGGCUCUAGGGGAGCCAAUGAGCUCCCCCUUCCGUCUUAACGCCAAUGAAGAUACAGUUGAUUUCCAGAAUAUGAACGAGGAUGAAGCGUCUUCUCCCAUACCAAGCCCACAAUUUCAGCCAUUAAAGGAGGAGAACCCGGGAAGUUCCCCGUUCCGGCCUCAUAUCCGAGAAGAGACAGUGAGGGUUCAAAAACUGGGCGACGUCCAGCCCAUGUCUCCAGGACUAGGGAGGCGGCUAGCUCUAGAGGAUCCUGCAAGCUCCCCGUUUCGUCCUGAUGCGCGGGAAGAGACAGUCGACUUUGAUCGCUUGCGCGAAAUGCAAAAUGACUCGCCUAUUCCUACAGCCCGGUCAUUGCCCGAUCCUGCUAGUUCGCCUUUCCCCCAUGAGGCAAGAAAUGUGACAGCUGAUACAUUGGAACUGUCUAAAGUACAACAAGUUUCACCAAUGGCACCUGAGCAUUCCUCGCCUGCCGUGACACCGAAUUCCCCCAUUUGCCCUGAAGCACCAGAGACGGCUGAUCCACGGAAGUCACGCGAGUCGAAACAUUACUCGCCAGUGGCUUCCAAACGUUCAUCCUUUGCCGCCGAAUCGAGCUUGCCCAUUCGCGACGAAGCAUCAGAGGCAAUUGAUCCCCCCGGAUACAUGCUUAUACAGAGCCACCGUCACAAGGAAACCACCCUUGAUCUUCAUAAAUCGCGCCGGGUUUCUCGUGCGUCACUUGGGCUGAGUGACCAGCGCUCUGUUGCAGCAACUCCCCGCAAAAGAUCUUACGACCAAACACCCCAGGAUCUGGAGGACGAUUUACAGGUAAACGAGCGCCAUAAGAAGGGUAUGGUGAGCCGACCAGAUCCACCAGCGAUUCACAUCGAUGCGGAAGAGGAAGCGGGUGUACUUUAUGACCAGAGCGUUCUUUCCGCUUCGGGUACCUUGCACGACCGAUCAGCAAUCGGCAACAGCAUGAUAGAGGACAGACAAAACGAAGGGAUGAGCACAGUAAUCCAUGAAAAUGGCGACAAAGAGAAUGUUUCGCUCGAGAAUUCGAUGGUUGACGAUUCCAUGGAUGACACUUGCUUGAGCACAUUUUCCGCUAUGCCUGAUAUGACUACGUUUGCGAAACUCCGCGCCCAGUCGCCGAUAAAGUCAAUGCGAACCAGUGUCGCCCCUAGCCCAGCUCCUGAUAUGGAGGGGCGUCGGCACAGUGUCGAUCCGGCCACCCCAGGUGCAGGGCGCAGGGCAUAUAGAGCGAGCGCCUAUCUAGAUGCAAACACGCCCGUGGGAUCGCCUACGCCGAGACCCAGAGGCCCUCGGGACAUGGCUCAUCCAGUUGACUCCGACAACCUGCUUGAUUUUACCGAUCAAAUGAACUUCUUCCCCCGUCAGUCCCUGCAGAGUACCCGUUUCUCCCCCUCACGGCGUUCGCCCAUGCGGUCAGCCCGUCAAUCCAUUCGAUCUCCGGGGAAGAUGUCGUCACUGUUGGAUUUUGAUAUUCCGGCUGCACCUACCCCUCGAUCCAUUCCCACGGUCACUCCCCGUGAAUUAGAGUCGCUAAAGUCCGGCUUCCUGUCCGAUAUAUCUUCGCUCAAAGCCACUCUCAGCGGCAAAGAGGCCGAAGUUGCCAGCCUAAAGCAAGCAGUGGCAGACGCUGAGAGACGUGUCGGCGAAGCUUUGGAAGAAGUACGCAACGAAGCCGCCGGCAAAGAGGUGUUGGAGAUGGAACAGGCCGAAUGGGAACGUCGAGUCAAUGAGAUGGAGACCGUCUUGCGGUCUGCCCGCUCCGAGUUAGUGGAGGGAGAGCGUGAGCGUGAUCGCCUGUCUCGAAAGGCCGAAGAGGCCGAAAAAAGCAAGGAGAAGUUGGAAGGCAAAGUAGUCGAGCUCGAAAGCCAGCUUUCCGCUGCACGUGCUGCGGCUGUAUCGAGCACUGGUAAAGCCAGCUCAUCUCACAAGUCUCCCAACUCGGCCGAAGACACUGCUCGAGAAGUUCAGGAUGCCGUCGAAAAGGUCGCUCGCGAGCUUCAUGUGCUCUACAAAGGCAAGCAUGAGACCAAGGUUGCGGCCUUGAAAAAAAGCUACGAGUCUCGCUGGGAGAAGCGUCUGCGUGAAGCGGAGAAAAAGCUCACUGCCGCACGCGAGGAAAAUGAGCAUCUCCGGGUCGAACGUGAUACUGCGCAAUCUGAUUCAAUGGCCGCGGCUAACACCAGUCUCUUGGCUCGCGAGAAUGAGGAACACGAGGCCGAGAAGCGUGUCAUGGAUGCCCAGAUCAAGGAUCUGCAGCGAGAGAUGGCUGCUCUGAAGGAUGAUACCGAGCGAAUGCGCGCAAGCCUGGAGUCCGAACGCGCCGAGAAGGGCGAACUUGUUGCCGCUGUGGACGAAUGGCUAGCUAUGCAACAGGCGCCCGCCCCAUCUCAGCUUCAAGACCGCGAGGCCUCUGUAGCAUCUUCUGUGCACAAUGACCCCAUUGACGAGGUAGCUCAACCGUCUCGCGAAGUCACCCCCGAUAACUUCCGUCGCAGUGUCACUCGUUCUGUAUCUGGAAGCGUCCGUCCCCCUGCCACUACAGAAAAGAGAAUUCCUCGAUUUGGUGCUCCCGGUGGUCAUUCCCGCGGUAAUAGCGGUGGCAGAUCUGGCAUUGCAAUGCCUACACCCGGCCGAGGGGGGAUCAUGAGUUCAAUUGAGCGAAUGGGCCGCGGCGGUGUUUAG